AUGUCUUGGAAAUCGAUAUUCCUUUUUAUAAGCUACAGUUUCAUCAAUAUUGCAUUUUUUACUGCAGCUAAUCGAAAUUUAAUAGAAUAUGAUCUAACAAAUGAUGGGAAAGUGGAUAAUCGUGAAUUAAGAACAGUAGCUUAUAUGAAUUACAAGCUUCAACCAACAAUCAGUGAUAGCAUAUUUCGGAGAACAGACCGUAAUCAUGAUGAUUUACUUGAUCGUAAUGAAAUUAUUGCUGCUGCUAGAUUACUAAAAAGACAUGCUGAACGAACUGCUUAUCGUUGGCUAGAAGAGCAUGACUCAGAUGGAGAUGGCUUACUGAAUGAACUAGAAUUAUUUGAAUCAGCUUAUAUGGAACACGGUCUCUCUUCACAUGAUAUAAAUAACUGUUUUCAAGAAAAUGAUGUCAACAACGAUAAACAUUUAACAUGCAACGAAUUGGUUGACACACUUUACUGCAUUUAUGAUGCUGAUCAAGAUCAUCGAUUAAAUCUUCAAGAAGCACAAGUAUUAGCAAGCAUACGUUAUGAUGUAGAACCUGACUUUGCAGCUCUUGCUUUUCAACGUGUAAGCCAUCGGAGUGAUAAUACCAUUAAUGAACUCGAACUAGUUGAUUUGCUUACCGAUUUACGAAAAGAAGCAGCUAUUUUUGCACUAAAUAAAUUAUCUAAUUUGGAUCGAAAUGGUGAUGAAGCGGUAUCAUUUAAUGAACUAUUACAAGGAUAUGAAAAACAGAUCAAAAAAAAUCGUUUAAAGAAAAUUUUCAACAAAGUUGAUGUUAAUCAGAAUGCUCACAUUGAUCCUAUUGAGUUUGUCUCAUUGCAAAAUUUGGUUGCCGAUGAAAUGCAUCAGCAGACAACACAGGCUAAUAAUUAUGAAGAAAAACGAAAACUCAUAGCUGCAGUGACUACGACUCCAAAAACUUUAAUUAUUUUCAAGUCUCCAAAAAAAACGCGAGCUUUAUCAUUUAUGAAUCGAAAAAAACGUCAUACAAAUGACUUAAAACAUGUCAAAGAUUUACUGAUUGAAAAUAAAAAUGAAGCAUAUACAAGAGAACUGUUUGCCGUUAAUGCAAGCAAUAUUAAUUUCACUACAGUAUCAACUACAGUACCAAAGUAUAUGAUGAGACAUUAUAGAGAUCAGAAACAUUUUUCUAAUAAAGAACAAAUAAUUGCAAAAGAACAUGCAAGUACUAAUAAAUCUGCAACUCACAAGGAUAUGUUGAGAACUGGAAGAAUUGAAGAAAAACUUGCUUCAGUUGAUCCAACUACACGAUCAUUGGAACAAACUAAUCAAAUUAAUUCGGAAGCGACAGAAGCGGGCAAAAAUAAAAAUGCAGUCACUGAGAAGCGAAGUGACCGACUGACUAAUGAUCCAAGAAUUGCAUAUAUUCAAAAAUUUGAAAAAUUUAUCGGCUUUUUACAGAAAACUAUUAACAAGUUGAAUGAAGUUGCAAUACAAAAUAAGAAAAAUGAGUCUGACUACAUAGAAAAUUACAUCAAGGGUAUUAGUGUUUCUAGACGUUCCAAUUGUACUGCAGAAAGCAACAAGUUAAAUGCUGAGGAAGACUACAAAAUAACAAUUCCUGAAAUUUCGAUUACGAUAAAAUCAAACAAUGACAGUACAGGAGAGACAAGUCAAAAAGAUGUGGUUAACUUAUCCAAACUUUGCGGUUUACCACAGCUUGACCAAAAUGAAAAAGUUGCUGCUUCAAAGAAUUCUAAUGGAAAAGCUCACAAAGAAAAUCCGGAUUUGAAACAAGAAAGUAAAUCACCUCAAGAAUCAGUAAAAAAAGAAGAAACAGAUAUACCAGAAGCAGAGGAUUCGAGUUUAGAAACUCAUGAGCCAGAAUCUCGCAAUACAUCUUGUAAAAACGAUAAAAAAGUAUCAAUGAAAUCUAAAGAAGUUAAAUCAUCUAAUGAAAUUAAUCGAGAAUGUAAGAAUAAUCAAACAGGAAAAGAUUCAGAAUUGCUUUGUAAAGAUUCGAAAAUUGGUGCAAAAAAUGAAACUGAAAUGAAAUCAUUGAAGUCAGUAACUGAAAAAUCAGUGAAUAAUGAGGUUGCAAAGAUGAAAUUAGAAGAAGUUAAUUCACAAUCUUGCAAUAUAACAGUGAACACUAAAUCUCUAGACAAAAAAACUACUAUUGAUAAUCUUCCUAAAGUUGAAGAAGAUGAAAAAUUUAGGAUUUUAUCUCACAAAUCGAUGGAAAAGAGCGCUGAAGAGAAUCAGAUUCUACAACCCUCGAACAAGAGAAUGCUUGAAGAUAAAGAAGCAACUUUUAACACUUCGAUUCCUUCUAAUAGCACAGAAAGUGAUUUGCAUCAGACUUUACAACCAAAAACAAUAAUGCCCGUAACAGAAAAUAUAAAGGAUGAAAAUGGUAUUGAAGUGCACACAUUAAUAAACGAUGAUAAUUUUAAUCUUCUUAAACCUUCAUUAGAUUCAAUGGAAAAAAGAAUACAUCAAAUUAUUGUUGUGCCAAGUAUUGAUGAUGAAGAUGACUUUUUCAAUGAAAUACAUAACACAACAAAUCAAGCAUCCGCUAAAUCUAGUGAUAUAGUCGCAAAAUUCCAGAACGAAACGAAUAAACUUAAAAAUAAUAUGACUUCUAUAUUCUAUAAACAGCAGAAUUGCACAAUUUCAACAUCGGAUCAAAAUACAGUUGAUUCUCUGCAGCUGACAAGAGUCAAUAAUGAAAAGGAUAGAAAUCUUCAGGCAACAUUACCAACAGAUUCUCCAACACAGCUUAACAAAGUUAUCACUUCGACAUCUAUCACUUCAGAUUCCAUAGUUUCUUCAACAAAAUCAGUGAAUGAAAAUAUUCUACCGGCGGCUAUAGAUAAUUCUAGCAAAUACAAUGCUAGCAAAAAUAUCAUUGAUGGAAACAGCAUUGGAAUUAAAGCACUUCAGAAGAAAUACAAAAAAUGUAUAAAACGCAGUCAAUCCUCAAAGCGAAUAAGAACCCCAACAAAACAACGGGAAUCACAAAAAGAUAUAGUAAUACAAAUAACAAUUCCAACAGAAAAUGGAACGUAA